GCGCCUCAUUCGUUGUGAUUCGGUCGAGAAAGGAUAACGCGCGACAUGGAAACUCCGUCUUUUCCGUGAGCUUUGAGAGGGGGGAUAUUUUCUUCACAGAUUUUUGCAGCCAGAAAAAAAAACAGCGUUCCCUUUGUGGAAAGGUGAAAUUUUAGGCAAACGAAAAUAUUUGCGAGUUGUGGGUGGUUGAAGCAUGUGAGCGAUAUUUUUGAAGCAAAAUGUGAUGAAAUUUUAGAGGAAAGGUUUUGAAAUAGUGCGGGUUUCCAGAAAGUGAUCCAACGCAAGUUGUGACAAAGGAAAAUAUGUAAGGGAAUGUUCCACAUCGUGGAAUUGGUAGCUUUCCAUGUUGAAUCAAACAAUAAAACAUAUAAAAUUCUCCCACUUUGGCAGCCGGAGAAUGUGUUUUUCGUGCCCGUGUAGUGUCAUCGUGCAAAAGUAAAGGAAAAAUAAAAAAGUUUCAUCAAGCCACAUUCCGAGAAGAGUGUCCGGGCAGAAUUUUGGAGGAUUUUUCCUCUUUCCACUAGCUGGUUGAAGGAAUAAUUUUUAAGGAAAGGUGAAAUUCUGUAGACGUGAGAAAAUCCAUAUCCUCACUCUCCUGCGUGGUUCGAACCUGUCGGGAGUCCCUAGAGUGUGUCUGCCACCUGAAGUUGGCCGAUUUCUCGGAACUCUGCCGGUGGAAGGAAAAAGGUGCAAAUUAGGAUUACAUUCAACAGUGUUCGUACGAGCGAUUACUAAUCGUCGUAAAUAGUAGAACUCACCAACACCACCACCAUGCACGCCGUCGGAAUUCACUCGGCGCUGGCCAUCAAGCGGCAACGAAAGCGGCGCGAUGUCCAGCGGAAGGUCCGCGAGCGCCGCUACAGCAUACAGAGCUCCGAGAGCGGGGAAACGCACUCCCCGCACGGUUCCACCCGCCGGAAGUUCCACCCCCACAAGGUGCACAUGACCGAGAACAAUAACUUAGACACGAAAGUAGUCACAAGCAUUGGAAUGCUGCACAUAGGAGUCGUAUUCGUAGUGUUCGGAAUCUUUUUACUAGGUGCUGGAUUUUUUCCAGAUAAUUUAUCAAAUCAACCGGCACAAACCUGGCAUCUACUGGGCAAAGGCUCCUGGUGGAACGAGCUGAUAUGCACGGGACUGUUCGCCGUCGGUCUCGGCAUCUUCUUAAUCAUCCUCAACUGUGUGAUAAGCAAUCGAGAGGAGCAGGACCUCGAGAGCUACGUCCAGCGGCAGCUGACACGAUCGAGAUCCGGUCACCGCUUGGAGCGAGACGUCGAGACUGGUGGCCUUACGACACGCCACCACCGCAAAGCCAUGCAAAUCCAGAAGGGUGCCGCCGAAAGGGGCUUGGACGACCUGUCCAACUCGAACAUUCUGCUGACGCCAACCAGUAGCGAGGUGGUGACCCCCACAACUCCCUCCGGAGUACUCGGAGCAUCCGGUGAGAUAUUGCUAGAGAAGAUCCUGGAGGAGGACAGCAGUUACGGUGAUCCGGAUUACUACUCGCGGAACGCCGGACAAUCGCCGCCGGGCGCCGAUAAUGACAAACGGUUGCUGCUCGGUAAUGGCCAUACUGGCGCCAUCCACAUGACCGAUAUUUAAACCACAUCAUCAGCAGCAGCCCAGAAUCAUCGCGGGAAAUUCCAUCACCAGUUGCACCAGAACCAACCACAACCAUCAACCGAGGGUCGAGCACAUAACCUCAAAACACCACGCAACGGCGACGUAAGUACCGGCAAACCCGUAUAGUAAAACCGCGGAAUGGUCCCUUCCCAGUCUCCUAGAAUAAAUUGAUUUUUCUACAUGUAUUGACCGUUAAGCAUUAACCACACAAACAUAUACAAACAGUCAGUCACAUUUACAGUUCAAGUACGUGAAACAUAUAAAAGAAAGAAACCAAAUAAAUCAAAUCAUUAGCCCCCAUAACCAUGCACACACACUCAAACACACACAGAAGGACGUGACUAAGCUACCCUUCAGCGGACUCUUUCGGCACGGUGGACUAACCUUACGGAAUAGUUUCGAGAGAAAAUUGGCAAAAUUUAUAUGGCUUCCAUCUUGUACAUCUUGUAAAAUCUUGUAGAUCAACGUGAUUUUGGUCAGAACUAUUUUCUGUUUUUGUUUCAACGAUAGGUGCUUCAACUGAGUGUUUAGAAGAAAGGUUAACAAAAUUCCGUACGACUGACCCACCGUGCAAACGACCACCAACAAAAAUCGACGCUGCAACAUAAAUAUAUAAAUGUGCAACAUUGCUGAAUUUACUAACUCUAAGAAAGAUAAGCUAUACGCCGAAAUUAGCUGCGAAGGCUGCGAACCACUUGGCAGAAAGCAAGAGCAAACGAUUCAGUCCCUCAAAAAAAAAUACAGCACUAGGGUGGUCCAAAAUACUACGAUGUAACACUGAACUACACUGGAACCCCAUGAUUUGACAUCGAUCGUUGUCAAACCAUCAGGGUCAUUUUCAGUUUGACAACCCUUCUACACGGAGCUCACACUUACUACCAAACGUUUAUUGUGAUAGUGUGAAUGAGCUCCGUGUAAAAAGUGACAGUUCGUGUUUUUUUUAGAUUGACUUUGUCAAACCAAAAGGGGGUUCAAACUAAAAAGUGUCAAACGAAAAAGUUUCCAACCACGGAAGGUUCAGUGUAGUGUAGAACCCCUUUGAUUUGACAGCUUGAGCUUAUUUCGCUAAAAUAUCAAGUGACAACCCGCAUAGUUGAGAACUGUCACUGCCACUUUUGACACAAUGCUCACCCACACUGCUUUAACGAAUUUUUGAUAGUGUUCAACCGUGCGCGCCAUGCAAAAAUUGUGGUAAAUUAAAACUUUGAUGAUUCGACACCGUUUGUUGAAAAACCAUUUUUAUGUUGGCAACUAACGCUCACACACACAACCAAAUGUUUGUUUUCAUGAAGUACGUGAACGGGGCUUUAAAAGUGACAGUUCGUCACUUUUUAAGUUAAAUUUGUCAAACCAAAAAAAUAAUAAAAAUUUUGUGAUUUUAGAGAUUUUAGAUGUCAUUUUUAAAUACUUUAAUUCGAAAAUAAUUCUGUUAUCAGUUUGAAGCAAGUGUCGAAAUCGUGUAAAGGGGAUGUGGUGGUUAAAAAUUAUCGUGGUGAAUUUCUUGUCAUAAAAUUAUUGGUUGAUGAAUGUUGAAAGAAAUUUGCGUUUAUUUGUGUGUAUUUAAUUUCUUUUCAAAGUUAACAGUGACAGUCAUUUUGUUUUCAGAUAUCGACUCAAAUUUGAUAGAGUUCUUCUGUUUAAUAGUUUUUUGAACACUUUUUUUUAACAAAGAUUGCUUUUAAUUCAAACAUCUUCUAUAGCAGUCAAAAUACAAAAUUCCACACAAUAAGUGAGUUUCCAUGUUAUAACUAAGUUUUCAACUACAAUGGGCCACCUUAGUACCCAUUUAUCAUAUCCACCAAAAAAACGCCGCAGCAGUAGUUAAUUAGCAGCUGAAACAUAAUCAAGAACCCGCAGUGAGUAAUCAAGAUGACUCCACCAAUCAGACUAGUUCAACAAACAGACAGACAUCUUUCACUAACACACGCACAGUAAAGAAUAUGGGAUUCCGCGGGCGGUGCCCAAAACUUCCCAGAAGAACAAAAAAAAACUUGCAUCAAACUACAUCAGCAAAUUUAUGCUAGUUGAAACAUGGCUGAACAUCGGUUUUAUAUCCAUUUUUUCGAACAAAAAAAAUCAAGGAUAAAACAACACACACAAACACAUUCGUUAAUCUGUACGCUUGCCAACACUCGUCGAAGUUUUCAUAUAUCGCUGUGUAUAGUAAAGGGACAAACAUUAACAAGAUAAAAAAGGUAGAGACAUUUAUAUAUAAAACAAAUGUUUGUGAUCGAACAAGACAAAAAAAAAAACAACCAAACAAAAAGUAUGCAUAACAAGGAAUCAGCUCGAAAAUAAAUGUAUUUAAUUUAAAAUUUUUGAUGUUUGUCACCAGAUGUCGUAUAUAUGAAAAGAGCAAAAUUUGAACACAUGUUGAACACCGUACUUAAAUUACAUUUCAUAGCUAUUUAAAGAAAGAAAAAGAAAACAACAAAAACAGAACAUCAUGAAAUAUCUAGAUAAAACUUUUAUUAAAUCCAAUUUAAAACAAAAACUCUUAUAGCGCAAAGUGUAAACGUUAAGCAAAACUACACUAUUUGUACAACACCAUCAGAGAAAAAGGACGAAGAAGAAAGAAAAAAGUUCACAAUUUUCUCUCUGCACUCCAAAAUACCAAAAAAAAACAAACAAAAAAAAAGAGUUUAAAUACAAUCGGCAAUCGCAGUGCAAAUGCGAACCGCAGCUAAUCUUC